AUGAUCACACUUAGUAUAUAAGAGAUGCCCGCGCUCUCUGUUCAGCAUCAGCUCCAGUUCACAGCUUUUGAUAGCUAAACAUAAUUAUUCCGUGACCAUGGAUAAUAAAUUUCUUGCGACGGUGUUUCUGUUAGUCGUGGAUAGUUGUCUUGGACAACUAUCAGGAUCGUUGUCCCCGGAUUUUCGAGGAGGUAACAAUUUCGAUCUUAGUGGACAACGUGCUAUUGGAAACGCCAAAGAAAAUGUGGUUGGUUCGUUUGGUUUGAGCGGAAACACCAGGGGAGGUCCGAUUAGUAAAAGUGGGGCCAUCGAUUAUAACAAUGGCGCGCACAGUGCCGGGAUUUUUGGAUCUCACACACCAGGGAGUGAAAAGACCUUCGGAGCACAAGGCAAUCUGAACUUGAUCAACAACGAUAGAAAUCGUUUCGACCUUAAUGGUUUCGCCAGUAAGACUCACACUCCAACUCAAGACAUUGGGAGAUUUGGCGCAGGAGCGAAAUUCAACGACCACGCGGCUUCGAUUACCAAAACGAAUAUUCCCGGCUUUGGUUCACAGACCCGAUUUGAUGCCAACGCGAAUCUGUUCAAAUCGAACACCAACAAGUUCGACGCUAACGCGUUUAAAACAUUUAAUAAUCCAAAAUCAGGACCCUCAUAUGGUAGCCAUGGAGGCGGUUUGUCAUGGAACAAUGCUCGAGGACACGCAGCUUCGAUUGGAUUCGAAAGGACACCUGCCUUCAGAGAGACCAACGGAUUCGUUUCGGGUAAAGCUAAUAUUUGGCAAUCGCGUGACAGGCAAACAUCAUUGGAUGCGUUUGGGCGUGCAAGCAAAACAUUUUCUGGACCUAACAGUGGAAGGACCAAUUUUGGAGGCGGGAUUGGGCUUUCCCGCCGUUUCUGAUCAGUGAUAUCGAUGUACGCCUGAUGUCACACGCAGCGUUUCGUUCGGAACGGAUAUCAUGAAUAUUGAUUAGAAGGAAAACGCAUUUAAUCUAUUUGUUGAGAAUUUGGUUGAAUAAGUUAUUUUAGAAUAUCAAAUAAAUGCGAUGUUCUAUGUUAUUAAA